AUGGUGCAUGGAAAUAACGGCGGUGCCGCCGCCGACACCGCCGACGCAGUGCCACCGCUGCCAAGGGGAAUGGAUCCGGCCUACUACGCCCUGAGCCUGUUGCGACGCCGCCGACUGGAGGAGUGCAUCGCCGUCUCGGCGCAUCACCUCGCAGUGCUGCAUGAAACGCAGCUUCAGACGUUGCCGGCGCCGCCGUCGCAGGCCCAGGCGGCUGGCGAGGCCGAGGCGCUGUGGUUCAUCCAGGCACGAGCGCUCGUCCUGCAGAACUGGUUCGACGAGCUCGACGUGGAGGACGACGGCGUGGACGAGGUGCUGCUGGACGGGGAGCAGACCGUCGCCUCCACGACGCCUCGCCCCGGCACCUCCCUGCAGCGGCGGAAGCUCACAGAGAGGACGCCUGCCGCGACCGGCGCGGCGCAGCGGCAGGGCACCGCACGCCCCAUCAGUAGCCGCUACGGGUAUGCGCGGCCUGGGACGCAGAGCAGGAACCGUCCAGGCACAAACUCCGCACGCCCCAUCACGUCACGAAUGAUGCGCGUUGGCACGGCGUCCCUGCAGUCUGUUCCUGGUGGCCCACACAUCGACGUGCAGAAGCUGAACAUGGAGCACUGCGGCCGGGGGUCGCCGGUGGUGGCGAGGCUUCUCUGCGACUUCUUGCUGCACGUGGAGCACCGGCCGCGGAUGGUGGUGGAGCUUGCGAGCGUCGCCCUGGAGCGGCAUCCGAAGGACUGGUGGUGGAUGUCGCGUAUGGGACAGGCGUACUACCGCCUGGGUCUCCUCCGUGAGGCGGAGCGGCAGUUCAAGGCGGCGCUCGCCGUUCAGGAGAACGUGGCCGACGUCAUGCGGCUCGCCAGGGUGUUUACCAAGAUGGAUCAGCCCCUCACGGCGCUCGAGUUGCUCUCCGGCGCGGCGGAAAAAAAUCGCCUUGACCACCACCUUCUGCUCGGCAUGGCACGCCUGUACGAUCAGCUGCAAGAUGCGGCGAAGUCGUGCCAGUUGUACCGAAGCGUGUUGCGGCUGGACAGCAGCAACGUGGAGGCGGUCGCCUGCGUCGCGGCGCACAUGUUUUACGAGAAACAACAGCCCGAGGUUGCGCUGCGCCUGUACCGUCGCCUGCUGCAGAUGGGGGUGCAGACGACGGAGCUCUGGAACAACCUAGGUCUAUGCUGCUUCUACAGCUCUCAGUACGACAUCGCCCUCAGUUGCCUGCAGCGCGCGAUAGCCACCGCGACGGAGGACGAUACGUUAGCCGAUGUGUGGUAUAACAUCGGGCAUGUGGGCAUUGGCACCGGUGACUUGGGCCUCGCCCACCGCGCCUUUAAGGUCGCGCUCGGCGCCAACCCGCGCCACGCAGAGGCGCUCAACAACCUCGCGGUGAUGAAGCUGCACAUGGGGCAGGUAGAGCAGGCCGUGAACGACCUUGCCAUGGCCAUCGAGGUCGCGCCGGAGCAGCAUGAGCCGCUCUACAACUUGGCCCUCCUCUCCUUUAGGGCGGGCAAUUUCGAAAAGGCGUACAAGCUUCUGGCGCAGGCGCUGGAGGUGUCGCCGGAUCACCCGGAGAGCGUUGAGCUCCAAGCGGCACUGCGGACCGCGUUGGCGAUGCUGUAG